AUGUGUGAAAAUGUUAACGAGGACCGAAGCUUGAGGGAAGCGUUUCUUUCAGAUGUGAAUAUUGCAACUCAACGUUCUAUUGCUGAUGAUAAACCUCUGGUGAUUAUGGUGGAGGAAUUUUGUCAAGCUACAAAAAAUGAUAGUAAGAGGGGUUCGAACCUGAAGAUAUCGCAUCUCCACUACCAGCUCUUUGAAAAAGAGUUUGUAGGAUUAGCCAUUCAAAAGCCAUCCACUGACUUUGACUUGCUAUCGCAAAUAUUUCCUCAAGUUCAGCUUUUAGCCCCUCCUUCUCUUAUCGCCAUAUAUCGUGGCUGUAUCAUUCACUCUAUGGUAGACAGUGUCAUUUCUUUGACAAUAGGAGACUUCCUAGCUGACGCACAUGAAAAAUCUACCCAGUUGCGCACGAAUCAAAAACUCGAUACAUCUCAUCAAGCAAGGCCUAGUGAAGAUUCCUCUAAGAAUAACGAGGGCGAUGCGAAUUCCGGCACACAAGGUGUGACCUUGUAUCGAAAUAAGUUGUGCUCGAGUCCUAAAAGGUGCAACAAAAGCUCAACAAGGAAGCAGUGCAGUCAGAUAGAGAAGGACAAGAAAAGAAUACCGAAAUUGGCAGAAUUGGAUAGGAUCGAGAAGCAGCUGGAAGCGAACUCUGAAAAUAAAAGGUUUGUGAAUCAUACUCAGUCCAACGAAAAUCGAGAACCAAGGCCUUCCACAGAUGUUUGCCUUAUCCAGGUGAAGUUAGUGGACGGCAUAACGAAGCGUAUGAAGUUUUCGAAGUUUGAUAAGCUGUCGACUGUACGUGAAAUCAUAUUAAAGAGUUACAGAGAAUACCAACAGAUACCGUUUCAAUUCUUCAAACCUACUGAAAGGCUCACUUAUUCUCAAGACCACGAAGAUCUAAUGCUUGAACAGCUCCAAUUAGAUAGGUGCACCUUGAUAUUGAAACCAAUUGAUCCAUUCGAAAGCCAUAAUGACACCGAUCACCAAGGAGCGACUUCUUCUUAUCACUGGCUCAAAAACAAGAUACUAUCUUUUGUUGGAUAUGGUGGCGGCCAGGUACCCAGGAGUCCUGCAAAUCAUGUCAAUGUAAUUUCGUCUGUUACAAAAAACAAUGCUCCUCACUCACCAAUACUGGAUUCCGAAUCGGAUACAGAUACAAUAUACCACUCGCCCGAAAUACGCUCCUUACUGUCAAGGUCUUCAUCACCUCUUGAACCGUCACUCAAUAUAUCCUCUUCGGACUCCAACUUCGACCUGAAUGGUGUUAGCAGCAAAUUCCUCUCAAACCCUCAUUAUAGCUCAUCCUCAGCCCAUUGUUUAUCAAAAACUAGAAACGGCUCUCUAGGAGCUUGCGCUUCUGCCUCUUCAUCGAAAGGCAAUCCGGCAGAGCUACUCGACAAUGGAGGAGACGAAAGCGGUCCCAAAUAUGUGAAUGUUGAAGAUCACAACGAUGACAAACUCUCAUGA